GGAUACCGCAUGUUCAGUAUAAACAGUCCUUCACAAGAAUUCGACUUAUUUGUAAUAAUAUUUAAGUGACAUUUAUAAUAAAACAAUAACAUGGAGACGGUCAGCAACACUGCUUCUGAUGAAAUGACUUCUGUGAAUAAUGAAAGCAACACGGACACUUUUACAGCGGUGAAAUCGAAGAAAAGUGCGAAGCGUAAGCGGGAUAUGGGUGAAGUGGAGAUGGAAUCUGAAGACACGGUGGCACCGAAAAGACCACAGUUCCCCCCAAUAUCAGGAGAUAAACUCAAGGGAGGCGUUGACGAGAUGAGGAAAGUUCCUGUUCCGUCCCACCGCUACACACCUCUGAAAGAAAACUGGCUUAAAAUCUUCACCCCCAUCGUGGAAAACUUGCAACUUCAAGUUCGAUUUAACCUCAAAACAAGAAAUGUGGAGAUUAAAACAUGUAAAGAAACACAAGAUAUUGGUGCCCUUACAAAAGCAGCAGAUUUCGUGAAGGCCUUUAUUUUAGGAUUUCAAGUUGAGGAUGCACUUGCACUAAUAAGAUUAGAUGAACUGUUCCUGGAAACCUUUGAUGUCACAGAUGUUAAGCCUCUUAAAGGAGAUCACUUGUCUAGAGCUGUUGGGAGAAUAGCAGGAAAAGGAGGAAAAACCAAAUUUACAAUUGAAAAUGUCACAAAAACCCGGAUUGUCCUUGCAGACACGAAGGUUCACAUUUUAGGGUCUUUCCAAAAUAUAAAAAUGGCACGGACUGCUAUAUGCAACUUAAUCUUGGGGAGUCCACCAUCAAAGGUGUAUGGGAAAAUUCGGGCAGUCGCCAGCCGUGCAGCUGAAAGAUUCUAACUCUGAGCUUUUACUGGCCGUAACACUCUGAUCUUCAACCUGCUGUGCAUUUUAAGGACCGAGCUGGAAAUGUGUCUAACAGGAGAACUGGCCUGAGAUAACCAAUAAACCUUUUUACACUGCUGACCUGAACUAUUUGAUCAACAAAGGACUUUAACGAUGAAUUGACUGAGAGAAAAGUCAAUGUGAAUAUCAAUGAUCACUCAAACUGCAUGUCACAUAAAUGAAACAAUAUGGAUUCAUCAGAAAUGUGAUUCUGAAUAUUUAUUUGUAUACAAUAUGAACUCCAUGGAUUCCCAUAGUAGGCAACUGUAUGCAGCAUGCAGAGUAGAUAUCUCUAUUCUCAUUGUCAGCUUAAGUAAAACACCUUUUCCGAAAUAAACCGGGAGAGAAAUUUCAAAGAUUUCAAAUAAACAUACUUUGAGGUA